AUGGCCAAGCUGGUGGAGUGCGUCCCCAACUUCUCAGAGGGGAAUAACAAGGAGGUGAUUGACGCGCUGGGGCAGGCAAUCUCCCGGACGCCGGGCUGCGUGCUGCUGGACGUGGAUGCCGGAGCCUCCACCAACCGCACAGUCUACACCUUUGUGGGGUCUCCCGAGGCUGUUGUUGAAGGGGCGCUGAGCGCAGCCCGCACGGCUGGGCAGCUCAUUGACAUGAGCCAGCACAAGGGUGAACAUCCUCGCAUGGGGGCCCUGGACGUCUGCCCCUUCGUGCCAGUGAUGAACAUCAGCAUGGAGGAGUGUGUCACCUGCGCCCACAUCUUCGGACAGCGCUUGGCAGCAGAGCUGGGUGUUCCUGUUUACCUGUAUGGAGAGGCGGCGCGGGAGGACAGCAGGAAAGCCCUGCCCACCAUCCGCGCUGGGGAAUAUGAGGCACUGCCUGAGAAGCUUGCAAAACCAGAGUGGGCUCCUGAUUUUGGGCCCCCAACCUUUGUACCCCGGUGGGGGGCAACGGUGACGGGUGCCCGGACUUUCCUUAUUGCGUACAACAUCAACCUGCUGUGCACCAAGGAGCAGGCUCACCGCAUUGCCCUCAACAUCCGUGAGCAGGGUCGCGGCGCUGAUCAGCCCGGGCGCUUGAAGAGGGUGCAGGGCAUCGGCUGGUAUUUGGAGGAAGAGAAUAUAGCUCAGGUUUCAACAAACCUGCUGGACUUUGAGACCACACCGCUCCAUGUUGUCUACGAGGAGGUCUGCCAAGAUGCGAAGGCACUGAACCUCCCCGUGGUGGGGUCCCAGCUGGUGGGACUUGUCCCCAAGAAGGCCAUGCUGGACACGGCUGAGUUUUACAUCAAGAAGGAAAAACUCUUCAUCCUGGAGGAGGAAGAGAAGAUCAGGCUGGUGGUCAGCCGUCUGGGCCUGGACUCCCUGUCUCCGUUUCACCCCCAGGAGCGCAUCAUCGAGUACCUGGUGCAGGCAGGAGAGGUGGAUGGGGGGCUGGUGGCCAAGCCACUGGUUGCCUUCGUGCGAGCAGUUGGUGGGAGGUCAGCAGCGCCAGGAGGAGGCUCUGUGUCUGCAGCUGCAGCUGCCCUGGGAGCCGCACUGGGCUGCAUGGUCGGGCUGAUGAGCUAUGGGAAGAAACAGUUUGAGGAGCUGGACCCCAUCAUGAGGAAGCUGAUCCCCCCCUUCCACCAGGGCAUGGAUGAGCUGGUGGCACUGGUGGAUGC